UGACGUUGGUUUCGGAGUCCCAUGGGAUCAGUGUCUCCUGCCCUCACUGAAAAGAUAAUCACUGGGCCUCGCCUAGUUACGCCAGGUCCAUCUGAUCACACAAGGAUCCAUCUGGCCACACCUAGCUCCACCUGUACACACCUAUCUCCACCUGUACACACCUAGCUCCACCUGUACACACCUAGCUCCACCUGUAUACACGUUGUUUGACUGUGGACAACACUUAAGAUGCCUAAGUGCAUCUAGGGUUGUCAGAUCCCAGUUAGCGUGUUACUGCUGCAUCUGGAGUUUGCUGCAGCUUGCUCACCUAGACUGUGGUACUUUCUAGUGCUUAAUUCAAACACAUAUAACUGAGAGAACUUGAUAACAGCACUCCAGUAGCUCAGAACCUGUCUAAUCUAGUCUUACUGUGCGAUCUUGCUAGAAAUGUUCAGAAAUUGCAUUUUAAUGCCAGUGAUCUUAAUUUGUUUCUUUUGAAAUCUGUGAAGUGUGACUCAUUAACUAUUGUUAAUAUCGUGAGCUCGUGUCCCCGGACAGAUUAUACAACGGGCGAAUUUAGUCGAAAUCUUUGUGUGUAGAUACUUGAAAAUGUUGUGUUGGGAGUGAGAGGUCAAGGAUGGCAGUGUUAGGUAGCCCUGGAAGGGUGGGAGAGUGCUGCAGGCACUGCACGCUCCGAGAGGUCACUAGGUAACCAGCGAGCACUCACACAGCCCUAGGGCACUGGUACAUAACGUCCUGUGGUGCGAGACCCGGGAGUGAGAGCAACACUCUCAGGACAUUGCCAACACAUGUGUCUUGGCUCCUGUGCCCAGACAAAUCAACUUGUUUGGGUUAGCGAAUUCCAACAAAAGCGCCUCUGCAGAUCGGUGCUGUUAACCUAUGUUGCCUUGGCCAUUGUGGCGUGAAUAAUGGCGUGGGGAAACAAGGUCGUGUGUUAAGAGGUACCGAGAACUAGGAGCCCUGUGUCGUCGCCGCCGUCGCCAUGGACGACUACCACGACAAGAGGUUCAUCCGGGCCCUCCGGGUACAGCCCUCAAGCCGCACCCAGGAGGACCUGGAGAUGAUCUACGGUUGCUUGCGGGGUAUGGAAGCGCUGUGCUGGCUGCGUGAGCCAGCGCUCCGCGCACUCUGCCGCACCGUCAGGUACCAGAUCCACUAUGCUAAUGAUAUCCUCUACUGCCGUGGGGAGCUGGCCACCUGCUGGUACAUUCUACUCUCCGGAUCAGUCUUCAUCGAUGGCUCCAUGUACCUCCCAAGGUCCAGGACUGAUGGAUCUUUGUACAUGACUGAUGGAUCUUUGUACAUGACUGAUGGAUCUUUGUACAUGACUGAUGGAUCUUUGUACAGGACUGAUGGAUCUUUGUACAUGACUGAUGGAUCUUUGUACAGGACUGAUGGAUCUUUGUACAGGACUGAUGGAUCUUUGUACAGGACUGAUGGAUCUUUGUACAUGACUGAUGGAUCUUUGUACAGGACUGAUGGAUCUUUGUACAGGACUGAUGGAUCUUUGUACAUGACUGAUGGAUCUUUGUACAUGACUGAUGGAUCUUUGUACAGGACUGAUGGAUCUUUGUACAGGACUGAUGGAUCUUUACCACAAUAAAGAUACCGAAGUAUUGAACAUGUGUUUAAUUUACCAAC